AUGUUGGAAAGUGAAGAAAUAUUGCAAUUACGAGCUGAUUUGGAAAAGAUGAGAAGGAUGUUGAAAAACAAAGAUGAUAUGAUUGAAGAAAUGGAACUGGAAAUCUCAAAUUUGUCAAAGAAUUCGAACAAUGUGACAAAUGAUUGUGGAAAAGAGAAAGAAUGGAAUGAGCAAAUCAGAAAAUUGCAUUUGGAAGUUGAAGAUAAAGCCACAAUAGUUGCGCAGAAAGAUUUGUUGGUUUCGAAUUUGGAGAAAGAAGUUGAGCGGUUGGAAUGUAGUGUAUGUUGUUUUUAAAAGUUAUAAUUUAACCAAAAAAUUGAUUUUUUUUGUAGAAUCGUGAGCUUGUCAAUCGAGAUUUGGACGAUGAAACUUUUCAUACCAACGCCAACAUCGAAAACGAGCUUGCGAAAGUUAAAGAUGAAAAUUCGCAGCUUCAUGAAAUUUUGGAUAAGCUUGUGGAAGAGCAUGAAACAACGAAAAAAGAUUUGGCACAACUUCGGGAGGAAUAUGAAGCAGCUUCUGAACAUAUCAAAACUCUUGAAUAUGAUUUCAAUCAAUGCCGUGAAGAAAAAGAGCGAAUUGAAAGUGAACUUUUCGCAUAUCAAAAUGGAAAUAUGAAAAUGGCGAAGAGAGGAAACUCGAUAUUCACGGAGGCAAUGGAUGCUGAAAGACGGCUCGAAUCAGAAUUGAAAGUUCUGUAUGCUGAAAAUCAAAAGUUGAAAGCGGCUGUAAAACGAUUGGAGGAAGAGAAAGAGGAAGCUGAAAUGAUGGCGAUUGGCGAAAUUCGCAUUCAAUCUCAAUUGUGCUCGAGCAAUGAUUAUUAUGAAUUGGUUCAAAUUCGACAAAAGAAUGCUGAUUAUGAAUCGGAAAAAUUGAUUCUUUGGACAAAAUUCUUCGAAAAAGCUAAAAAUGCUUCAACUAAAGAUAUCGGAUUAUUAGUCAAGGGAUAUAUUGAUGGUUUCAAGUGUUCUAUUGGGAAAAUGAAGGAGAAUUAUCAAGAAACACUAAAAGCUAAUCAAGAACUUCACUGUACGAUUAGAAAUCUGAAAAUUGAAUUGGAAGCAAAAGAGGUGCAUAUUCAAAGGCUGAAAUCCGAAGCAAAUAUUGCUAAUCGAAAAACAUGUAUAGGUACGUUUCAAAAGAAGAUUUUUAUUUCAAAAAAAGUUCUUGUUUUUCCAGAGAAUGUAUUAAAAUCAGCCGAUAUUCUCAAUCGUCGACCAACUGUGAAUAUAUUGAAACACGCAACAAGUUCUGACGAGAAGCCUGGUAUCGAAAAUGUAGCGGGAAAUUCAACCAUCCUCAAUGAUUCCCUUCAACCGGAUAUUCCAAAAGCUACACCGAAAAAAGAUGAGGUGUCUGAUUGGGCCAAAAAUUUGCUGGCAAAACGAGAGGCCGCGAAAAAAGCGUCGGUGAAAAAGGAGAUUAGUUUCGCGAGACCUCAAAUGGCUGGUCAGUUUUUUAAAAAUAUCUACUGAUCUUAUUGAUUAUUUUUUUGCAGAAUCCAACCCCAUUUUCAAAUCUUCUCGUCUUGCGCAUUUAUCGAAUGCUGCUGAAAAUAAAUGA